UUAUAAUGUGUGUGUGUGUGUUCUUGGAACACCAAGAAACUGUGGUUUUUUGCAUAGACAUACAAAAAACACACAAGAUCUUUGUGUACGAAGCUUGUCUCUUUUUUACGUAGGACCUUUAUUUUAUCCUUUUCUUCCCUCUUGGGAUAGCCGAAAGAAGAAGCCAUCUUCAUCUCUUUUUUUUCUGCUUUCAAGUCAGUGCAGGUUUUGGACAACUGUUAUUAACUUAUUCCCCUUUCCCUGCAUCAUUUCAUCCUAAUUCUUCUUUAGUUUUUUCAGAAAACCCCAUAUGCUCUAUUUAUUUGACAAGGUGGUCCAAAAGACUCAAUUGUUCUUCUAUAUAUGCCUUUUCCCUGUUGAUGUUGCCUUCUUCUCUUAAGAGGUUAAGUGCAGGAAAUUUUGGAGAUUUGAUUAGUAGUGAUGGAGAGGUUGAACUCAAAGCUGUACCUGCAGAACUGUUACAUAAUGAAGGAGAAUGAGAGACUAAGGAAGAAGGCACAGCUUCUCAAUCAGGAGAAUCAGGCACUGUUGUCUGAGCUCAAACAGAAACUCUCCAGGGGGAAUCAGAAAGCCAAUGCUAGCAAUACAAACGCCAUUCUUGACCUGAGUCUCAGCUCAAGUGCCACUCAAAACCCUUCUAGUUCCACCAAUUAAUGUGCUUUAGUGAUUAUGGGAAGCAUCUUGUGACCCCUCUAGUGACUCUAAUUGUUUUUUCUUUCCAAACCUUUUUGUGUAAAACCAAUGUGAGGAGCAGUGUACUUGUAGUUUCUGUUCCAUAGGACAAUACUAGCAAUCCUCUACAGGGCACUGUUCUUCCAUUUCCAUGUUUAACUUUUUUU